UAGGCUUGGCACGCAAGCGGAGGAGGCAUCCGAGGAAUUUGCUUCCCGCGGAGCGCGUCGCACGGUCCGUGGGCUGAGGGUCUCUCCGCUUCUCCUGCAUGGGGCUCGGCAGGACCGAGUCGCCCGCGGCCGAGUGAUGGCCCAGCCUUUGCUCAGGAAAACUUUCUCCCGGCUGAGGGGCAAGGAGCGCCUGCGGAGCAAAAAGGCGGCGGCCGCGCCGCAGAACGAACCAGAUCCUCCAUUGGAGCUACCAGAUGACUUACAGCUAUCUUCUGAGCCUAAACCAGUGGAUACUGCUGAGUUGGAUGAAGGAUGCCAGAAAAGUGCUACCAUCGCUGUGUCACGGAAACAAAACUGGCCGAAGUUCACCUGGAGCAGCCAAGAGGACUCUCAUAACAGGAGGCUGUGCCAGAGCUCUUCCCAUAUGCCACAGGCCCCUGCAGGCAUUGGGCCAGUGGCAAGUGGACCCAAGAAAGCUACUGAAUUGCUGGUCAGCUGCACAGAGACAUGUAGCACCAGCCUCAGCACCAAGUGCAGCAGCCAAGGUGCUUACCUACAGACCCUGGAGAAAAGUAGCCGCCAAUGGGUGCUCUCUGCAGGGAAGACUCAGGGGGUAGAAGAGGCAGCUUCCAGCUCUGCCACUGAGGUGGAAGAAUUCAACAUGCAUGGCAAGACCCAAGGAGAGAUCUGGUACAACCCCAUUCCAGAGGAUGAGGACCUGCAGCUCCCCUGCCUUGAAAGGAAGUGGGGUGGUGGUUCUGAGAAUAGGAACAAGAAGAGGAACCCAAGAGACGUUAGAGUCCCACAUGAAUGUACAGAUGUUGGCAGCUCACAGAAGACAGUCAGUGACGUCAUGCAGAUUUCACCAAUCCAAGCGAGGCCUACUAAGCAAGUGGAGAGGCUGGGCAGCCACCAGUCUGAGACUUGUGGAAAGGUGUCUGUCACAACUGUGGAUCCUGAGGAAAGUUCAGCCAGCGCCACCUUGAUGGCCCAGAACACCAAUGCCAAUAAAAAGAGCCAUUCUUUCAGCAAGGCCAAGUCCCCAGGCCCAGUGCGAAGUCUCUCCAUGAAGAUGAAGAAAUUGCCAGAGCUGAGGCGGAAGCUAAGCCUGCGCAGCUCUCGUCCUCGAGGGCCAGAGGGGAGCUCCUCCCCCAAGGAGUCAGGCAACGUCAUCAGCCGCUACCAUCUUGACAGUAGUGUGGCAUCUCAGCGACCUGUGACCUGGGGCAAGGCUGCCAGCAGUGGGGGCUAUUUGAGUGACGGUGAUUCCCCAGAGCUUCUGGCCAAGGCAGAGGCAUGCCUUGGCCUUGAAGGGUCUUCGUUCCGGCUGUACAGUUUUGCUGAACAGCCCGACUGUCUGCAGCAUCUCUCUGGUCUUGUCAGCAUCCACCUGCUGGGGAUACAGGACUUCAGACCUCCCAAAGCUGAAACCAAAGAGCUCUUCUGCAUUCUUCAAGUAGACUCUGUUAACAAGGCCCGCACAGCCCUCCUGCCUUGCCAGGCUGCUGUCCUCACUCUCAACCAUUCUUUCCAGCUGGAGCUAGAGGAUGCCCAACUUCUCAAAAUGGUGGUCUUCUCGUGUGAACCUACUGUGGGCAAGAACCGAGUUUGCUGCCAUGGCACGAUCAUUCUGCCCCAGGUUUUUCAAGGUUGUAGGACCCAGCAGUUGGCCCUGCAGCUGGAGCCUCAGGGGCUUCUUUACAUCAAACUCACCCUGGUGGAACAGUGGGAUCCAGCUAACUCUGAACAGGAACCGCAGGUCUUUGGAGUGAAAUUGAGUCAGCUGGUGGAAAGGGAAGGUGCUGCCAUCAAGGUGCCACUGCUGAUCCAGAAAUGUGUAACCCAGAUUGAGAAACGAGGAUUGAAGGUGGUGGGCCUGUAUCGCUUGUGUGGCUCAGCAGCAGUGAAGAAGGAAUUACGUGAUGCCUUUGAGAGGGACAGUACUGCUGUUGUUCUCUCUGAAGAUCUCUACCCAGACAUCAAUGUGAUUACAGGGAUCUUGAAGGACUAUUUGCGUGAGCUACCCACUCCUCUUAUCACUGACCCCCUCUAUCAGGUGGUACUGGAAGCCAUGUCCAAUCGGACAGGGGGGCUGGAAGUGAAGGAGACAACAGCUCUUCUGGACUGCCUACCAGAGGCUGAGAAGGCCACUUUGACGAUGCUGCUGGAUCACCUUAGUUCGGUUGCUGCUUUCCAUACCUUCAAUCGUAUGAAUGCCCAGAACCUUGCUGUGUGCUUUGGACCUGUGCUGCUGAGCCAAGGGGCAGGGGGAACUGUCAUCCGCAGACCUGGCCAGCAGCAUGGCACCAUUGCCAGCACCAUGGACUUUAAACAUCAUAUUGAAGUGUUGCAUUAUCUGCUACAGUCGUGGCCAGCUCCAUAUAGGAAGAUGGAAGAUGGGGAACGUACCUUUCCAAACAAGCAGCCAUGUCACCAGUGCCACCCUCCCCUGGAUCUGCCCCUGUCAAACACCACUGUCAUGGCCCGAAGCCGCCCACGAGGGUUGGAAAGUCCUCCAAGCAAUCGUUACGCUGGAGACUGGAGUGUGUGUGGACAGCAGUACCUGGGAACCACCAAGCCAGGCAGUGAGGCUGACUAUGAUGAGGUCGCAGGCAGUGGGAGUGACAAGGAAGAGGAAAAUGAGGAGGGGGCUUUGAGGAAAGGACUGGCACUCCAUAGCCAAACAGUCUACAUGGGUGAUUUUGCCCUGGUGGAGGAUCCAGAGGCUCCCUUUAGCCCGAGGCUCAAUCUGAAGGACUUUGAUGCUCUCAUCUUGGACCUUGAGCGAGAACUCUCCAAGCAAAUCAAUGUCUGCCUAUGAACUAUUCUCUUCAUAACAUUGUGAGCCUUCUGGAGUUGCCUCAGCAGGUUCUUUCUUCUGACUUACAACCUAUGUCAGUAUUAUUUCUGCUCAUGGAUUUCAACCCAAGUGGGCACUCUCUUUUGGCCUUUGCCAGCGUUGAAGAGCCAGCUUGAAAGGGCAUAGUUGCUGGGGCUCUCCCCUCUUCAGUUUUAUAUGUGAACUGGGCACAGAGGAGAGGCAUGAGCUCUCAACCAGCACCUUGUUCAUACAUUUCAAUGCAAUCUUCCUCAACUUGGAACCUUCCAGAAGUGUUGGACCUCAGUUCCCAUAUUUCUCAGCCACCAUGGCCAAUUCACCUGGGGGGCACCAGGCUGGGAAAGGCGGCUUUAAAUGCUUCCAAGGAAGAGAGGAUUUAUUCAUGGUUUUAUUUUAUUUUCUUGAAAAGACAAAAUUGAAAAAGUAAUGUUUAUGUACAUGCUUUCCUAAUCAUUCAGAGCACUUUACCCAUCCUUGAAGGUAGGUCAACAUUAUUACCCUCCACCAUUAUCUGGAGUCCAGACUGAAACAUGGUAGCUUGCCAAAGACUGAGCUGAGCUGUGGUUGGGACCAGGGGCUUAUUCCUCUUUGUGCUCUGGGCUGGCU